CAGCAUCCUCCCCUUCCAGCAGCUUCCCUGGAGCUGCACUUUAACUCCCCUUAAAGCCAGUCUCCUCUACAGGCCGCCCGCUCCUCUGAGUCGCAGUCCAGGGAAAAUAAACCAACCGCUGCUGCUCACCUUGUUCCUGAGCGCAGCAGCACCUCACCCCCGACUCCACAGCCUUCCAGAAGCUUCCCUGGAGCACGGCUGGGCUCCUGGCUGAGGAGCCACUCCCCGGCUCCACAGCCUUCCAGAAGCUUCCCUGGGGGCCAGCGGCACUCCUGGCUGAGGAGCCACCCCCCAGCCCCUGUCCCGCAGGUGUUGCUCGUUAAGCUGAUUGCCAGGAGCAGGCAGUCAGGGCUCCAUCCAGGUCCGAGCAAUCAGGGAUCCAUCCAGGUGCGGGCAAUCAGGGCUGCCAGGAGCGGGCAUUCAGGGCUCCAUUACACCCCAGUUUCAAUGGAUACUGGGGUGACUGGAAGUUGCAAAGCAAGCUGAAGACAAAAGGAUGCACACCUUUUGAUCCAGCCCAGCCAUAACCUGGGAACUGCCUUUACAGCACUCAGGACUGGAUCUGGGCUGAGAUCUCCACACGACAUUGAAACCUGCUCAGUUCAAACCUAAGUGCCCAUCACUGUGCUCAGCCGUGCCUCAGCCCAAAGCAAGGCACCAUUGGAGAAUUAACACCGAAAAACCACAGCACUAUAGGCUAUUCAUGAAACUGGAAUUCGGUUUUGGGAAGAUUUUGCUGCAUCACUCCUAUUAAGCCUUAGUCACAGCUAAAAAUCCAGUGCAAUUAUUCACGUAAAGCUGUAAAUAUAGCAUGGCACUGUUACCAUAUUGGUUCCUUUUAUACUGACAUAUAGGGCUCGUGCUUAUCUCUGUGCCCAGCAUGCAAAGGGAUUAAAUUUAGAAAGCGCUCAGCUAUUUUCUCCCACUAAAGAUAAAACACAUGAAAAUUUUGUUUACUGGUUUGUGAAUAGAGAUAAUUAAAGGGAUGUUUUCAACUGGAAAUGUUGAAACUGACAAAACUUGUGCAAGAUUUUAAGGCAGAGUCACAAGUGCUUCCAGCAGCAGUCAGGCAGCAGGCUUUGACUGGGAGACAGGGAAUGAGAUCAGUGGCCACCAGAAGUUCCCUCUCUAUCAAUUUACCUCCAUCACAGCUUGGAAAGCUUUGUGGGAAAACAGGAAUCCAACUAAAAUUAUUUUCUUAAUGCCAGGUGUACUGAGAAAAGGAUUAAUCUGGAUUUGAAAUGAGUUCAUGCUCUCCAUCAGAACAAUGACACAAGCUGGCAGAAUGAAGGUAGCGAGUCUGUUGAUGUUUGUCCGCAGAUAAAAUUGCUGCUAAGCAAACACUACAGGCUUGGGGUUUGUGGUUACAGCUUCAUGAAGCCCUCCCAGAGGCCGGCUGUCUCAAAGCCACAAUAACAAUCCCUCAUUUUCCAUUAAACCACCUAUUAUAGGUGAAGUGAUAAAAAAAUAUAUGAAAUACACAGCGUUGGUAGCAUUUACUUCUAGUAAAUUUAUUAGCAUUUACCACUAGUCAAUUUACUCAUUUACAAUGAAAAUUGACAAGAUGUUGCAGUUUUCAUUUUAGAAGCUUUUUUCCAUUGUUUAUAACUUUACAUGACCCUGGGUAGAAUUUCUUAUCCCACCUGUGUUUCUUUGAUGCUGCUACUUUAGAAGCUUCUAAUAAAACUUGAUCAAGUCACUUUCAAAAAAUGCUGCAAAGAAAUAUUAACUGUAACAGUUAAAAUGAUAUGGUUGUUUUCAUGUAAAUUGUUGGUUCUUAAUGCUUUGAAGCAAAGACUUUAAACUGGGUAAGGACUCAGUGGUGGCUGAAUUGUGAUAACAGACUUGACUGUUGCGAUAAAAAUAAUUUCACUUCUGCUCAUGGAAAUAAUUUUAUUGCUGCAUGUGAAAUAUUAAAAGAAUACUGUGAUAAGCAGCUCAAAAGCACCAGAAAAAAUCUGAUCUGAACUAAAAUGGUACUCAAUUGUGCAUUCCACUGUGAGCAAAAAUGAAAGUGUGCAGUAAGUGUAAGGUGUGCCAUCAGUCUCAUGUCCAGCAUGGGGCAGAGGUUAUAGGGAGCAAGUAUCUCAAGGAAUCUCCAAGAUAAUCCAUGAAAUAAAUCCAAAUCCAUACGUAUUGAAUGUUAUAUCAAUUUGUUCACAUUUGUUCAUCAAAGAUUAGUUACUAACAGGUUUUUACCAAGUGCACUUCUGCUCAUGUUCUGUGGCAUUACUAACCUAUGUCCAAGGAGAAUGUCACUUCAGUGUUUGCUGCUUCAGGGGGAGAAAGAAAGGAAGAAAAAGCAAGUUUUCAUCCAAAAUAAGUUCUGGAAAAAAAUCCAAUUGCAAAUCAUGAAUAACAGUGGGAAGAAAGUUUUAUGGAAGUAAACCCAAGUUCCUUACUGCUGCAGGAUGGUGGGAAGUGGAACAAAAGCAUAAAAGAACAUUUAAGCUUGUCAGUUCCAUCUAAGUAUCUUUCUUUUGCUGAAUUUCAGUGGUGUAAGUACUGUAAGAGCCUUCCCUGCAGAACAUUCCUGCUGCUCCUCCUCACAGCCCCUGCAGAGUUUGCAUCACAACUUUUCCCUGUGCUCAGUAGCCAGAAAAAAAACUUCCUGUAUUGAGGAUUUGCUCAGAAAUUUCUUCAGGCUCUAAAAGGCAGGCUCUGUGGGGACUCCAGUGAUCACUUCUCGCAGGGCAUUACUCUGAAGUACCCUUAUUUCUCAGCUCUGAGCUUCAGGACUACAAGGUUGCUACAGGUGUAAUUCCCGUCAGCAGGAUAAAAAUCUCUGCAUUUUUUCCCUCUCACUGGACAAAAUGUCACAGGAAGAACAACAUGGUAGGGAUGAGAAUGAACAAGCCACAGGUGACAGAUUUAAGUUAUUGCUACCUGAAGAUUUAAUUGUUUGAUGUAAGGACAUACCUGUUUAUGAUCAGAAUGAGGGUUAUGUGAGACCUAAACAGAAAAGGAUUUAAGUAAUUCCAUGUUUAAAUGGAGAACAUCUGAGAGCAGCUGAUCUAUUCAGAGCAGGUUUCAUUGCAGAGAGAAAAUCUUUGCAUUUUAGUACCCACUUAAACACUUCUGCAAGGGAGCAGCUUCUAAUAACAGCACCUUCACCCAGCACAGUGGGGUGCUCAGGGAGGGAGCUGAGGGCCUUGUCUGGCAGGGAAAACAAGAGGCACAGUGCUCAGAAAUCUGCCAGCAGUUGACCCAAUCUCUGUUCCAAAACCAGGCUGGACACAGAACUUCCAAAGAAAUGAGAGGCAAUAGCUACAGAAACUACAACUGGCAAGUUGUACCUAUGGUACAAAAAUUACCUCUCUGACCAUUCCCAACAUGAUUCACCUUCAGUCAACUUUUUCUUUUUUUCCUGCAGUUUUCCCUCAGGCUUCCUCCCCAGAAUGGGAGGUCCUGCCUGUUGGAAUCGUGCAUCUUUCUGCAUCUUCUGCAAUCUCCCCUUGUCACAGACAUCCACAAAGCACCCAGAGUAGCCAGGCAGAUGCUGAGUGGUCCCAUUUACAGACUACAUUGCAAUUAGUAAGAAACCCAAACAAACCAAAUCCCAAGUGUUCCUUCACAUUUUUGUGUUGCAUGUCCUGUAAGAGUUCUGGAGGACAGGCUGACCAAAGGUUUGCUGAAGCUGCUAGGAAGCCUCCUGUCCACUUAGGAAAGCUUCAGAAAUGGUCCCUACAAUGUCUGACCCUUCCUAACCCUCCAGCCAUGAGAGCUGAGACUAGCUAAAAGAGGCUAAAAAACCUAAAAGAAAAAAACUGGAAAACAUCCAGAAUUGAGGCAAGUGCAAAGUCCUGCACUGAAUUUUUUUCAAGAAGCUUGUGAUGCAGGACAUGGAAGAACCUUUUCCCAGACCAGUGCCCUGCAGUCUGUAUUUUUUUUCCUCCAAGGGUUUUGCAGCAGAGAAAUUUGACUUACUCUUUUAUCUGCAUAACCUAGCAGGAAGUUCAUGCAUCAGCUACCAGGAAAAAAACCCAAAAAAACCCACCUCUGGUGAGGUGAUGUUAAUAAAAAUUUUAGUAUCAAUUUUAUGUUUCAGGAAGUGAAGAGGACACAGUGUCUUGUGACUUUUUCCCCCAUUGAAAACAACAGAUGAACAGCCUCCCCUUAGGCUUCCAAGUAAUUGUAGAUUAUAACAGUUCCUUGAAUGGAGAGCAGUUAGCCUACAGCUUCUUAACUUAAUUUUCUCCUUGAAUGAGACCUCUUCAGAAUAGAUGGAUGACUAGAAAGAAAAAUUUUGUAAGGUACUACUUGGGUUUAUAUAGCCUCUCUAUGUGCUGCCCACAGUAAAAGAUAAAUUAGUUAAAACCUAAUGUUUUGUCCAGGUAAAGUGGAUAUUUUCAUGCUGUGAACAUGGUCUGAUUCCUGAUUGUACUGGCAGGUCAUUAUAAUGUCCUCUGUGAGAUUACAUAUUUUUUUUUUUGUCCAUGCAGAAAGUAUUUCCUUGAAAAAAGAAAAUCGUCCCUAUCCUGGGAUGCUACCAGUAGAUAAGAGGCUUCUAAACUUACAGAUCUACAAACUUCUACAGUGUGUUCACGAGAAAGACAAGAAGCAAAUAGAAAACCUGAUCCAGAAGGGGUUCCCAGAUCUGAUUAAUUACACAGAGCCCAAGGAAGGAUACAGUGCCUUGCACGUGGCCACCAUGAAGAACGACAUUGAGAUGUGCCGCUUCCUGCUGGAGCACGGAGCGAGCCCCAACGUCCACGACAACAUGGGGUGCACGCCAGCCAUGAAGGCAGCUGAGCAGGGCUUUGAGGCCAUUCUGGAACUACUAGCAACAGCUAAAGCAGACAUGACUGCUGGGGAUAAUGAAGGGAAAGGUGUUUUGUUUUACUGCCUUGUACCUACAGUUCGCCAUACCCACUGCCUGGAGAUUGCCUUGGAUUAUGGUGCAGAUGUCAACAGCUGUACCACGACUGGGAGGUCUCUGCUUCUAGAAGCCUGUGAGAAUGCUCAUGAGGUUAAAGAUAUGUGCCUCAUUUUCUUGGAGAAAGGAGCAGAUCCCCAUGCAAGAGACCCGGCCACGGGGCGCACGGCGGUGAUGGAGGCGGCUCGCGAGGGCGCGGCAGACGUGGUGCUGGCUCUGCUGCAGCGGGGAGCCAACGUGAACCUCUUCGACUUCGACAGACACAGCGCUGCACACUUUGCGGCCAAAGGAGGCUUCCUUGAGAUUCUGGCGAUUAUUUCAGGUUAUGGUGCAGACUUGAAACUGGUUGCUAUGAGUGGUAACACACCACUUCAUUAUGCUGCAGAGGGAGGAUUUACAGACUGCUGCAGGUAUAUAGGACAAAGAGGCUGUGAUCCUACAUGGACCAACUUGUUAAAGCUGACCGCAAGGGAUGUUGCCAAGGGCGGUGGGUUCAAAGCAGCAGUAACAGUGCUGCGCAAAGCUGAAAAAGCCGCAAGGAAGCCAGAUAAGACCCUUGACUGGUACCUGAAGGUGUACGACUGGUCCCUGCAGCACGAGGAAGCCAUCCGCAAGGAGUUUGAGAUUGAUGAGGAAGACGAGGGGAUAGUAUCCAAAAGGGAUUUCAUGGCAGUCAUUCGGAAGCACUGGGGCACCGUGGAUCAGGAACAAAUAGAAAUUCUUGCUAGAAAGCAUGAAGUAUCUUCUGACAAGAUCAGCCUGGAUGAUUUUUUUAAAGGCUCAAGAUACCUGCAGAAAAAUUUUCUGCUCUCAUCCUUUGGGCCCAAACCAAAGAAGAAGAAGAAGCCACCGAGAAGGAGAGGCAAGAAAGGCCUCCCUGUGCCAGUGUGCGUGGUGCCCCAGAGUGAACGCCCCCUCAGGGAAGAUGGCCUCCCUACCUACAUGGUGGAGGCUGUCCCCACCAUCCCCGAGGAGCAGCGAUUGAAACGCGCCCUCCACGCCGCCCACCCCGUGUUCGAUGACCGUGCCUGGUACAUGGAGGAGCCCAGUAAAACCCUCAUGGAUAUCAACUACCUGGUCAGAGAAGGAGACUUUGUGUCUCUGCAGAGAGCCUUCGACCAGGGCGUGCCAGUAGACAUGAAAGAUAUAUAUUACAAAACACCUUUGAUGGUUGCAUGUGCAAGUGGCAACAUAGUUCUUGUGGAGUUUCUUCUGGAAAAGGGGGCUGAUGUGAAUGCAACAGACAACUUCCGGUGGACCCCUCUGCACCAUGCCUGCUACAACGGACACCUGGACAUCGCGGAGCUGCUGGUGAAGGCUGGAGCAGCCGUCAAUGCCCUGUCCAUAGGCGAGGCCACCCCGCUGAUGAGAGCCGUUGAGGCCUGCAGGCUGGACAUGGUCUAUUUCUUAAUCACUGCAGGUGCUGACGUCGAGGCUUUAAACAGCAAUGGAAGGAGUGCUCUUGAUCUUGCUGAAAUAUUUGAAGAUGCUGCAAUAAUUGAACUGCUUGAAAAUCAACUGAAAAUUUUGGCAGAAGAACGAGAAAAAGAAGAAGCAAAGCAAGCAAAGCAAAGCAAAGGUGGGAAGCCAAAACCACCAGAGCCACCGAAAUCUGUGAAAACAGAGUCUCCAGAUGGAUCUCCGCCACCUGAGGAAGAAGCUGUUCCUGAAAAGCCAAAGAGUUCCCGUAAGGACAGUUCUGCUUAUUGGCAAUCCUUGGCACCGAGAGAAGACAAAAAUGACAUCUCCUUCAGACCCAGGAAAAUAUGGAGCCCUGAUGCCACAGCAAUGCAGCUUGCAGAACAGCGAGUAUUGCUCAGUGAACGCGCUGCUCUUUGUGGUCACAUGGCAGAUUUUACAACCCUCUUCAAUAGAAAAUUUGAGAAAUAAGCACAGCAUCUGGAAAAAGCUGCUUCAGCACGUGUUUUGAGGAGACAAAGAUGUAAAAGGCUACUCCUGUGCAAGGAAGGAAUCGUGCAGUGCUCAGUAAAUAAAUCUCAGCUACCAUAAAAGAAAAUCAUA